AAGCAGAUGUACAUAUUAUUUUGAUAAGACCAGUAGAAAAUGGUAGACUCUUCUGCCAAAAUACGCAUCGAAGAUCGCGAGACUAAGUCCCCCCACCCCAACUUUCUCUUUUCCUUCUCUCUCUCUUUCUAUCUUCUUCGCAUCCUUGGAAAUUUAUACAUUGGACUUUUGCUGAAAACCCUAGAAAUACAGCUUAUUUUGUUGGGUUUAGGUGCUUUGAUCUCGGUUUUUGGGACUUUGUUGAUGAUAAUUUGUUUCAAUGUCGUCACUGAGUAGAGAAUUGGUGUUUCUCAUACUUCAAUUUCUCGAAGAGGAGAAGUUUAAGGAGGCUGUACACAGGCUUGAACAAGAAUCUGGAUUUUACUUUAAUGUUAAGUAUUUUGAGGAGAAAGUCCAUGCUGGUGAAUGGGAUGAAGUUGAGAAAUACCUGUCUGGAUACACCAAGGUUGACGAUAACCGAUACUCAAUGAAGAUUUUCUUUGAAAUCAGAAAACAAAAGUAUCUUGAAGCUCUUGAUAGGCAAGACAAGCCAAAGGCAGUUGAGAUAUUGGUAAAUGAUCUGAAAGUCUUCUCAACAUUCAAUGAAGAUUUAUUUAAGGAAAUUACACAGCUCUUGACACUUACAAAUUUCAGGGAAAAUGAGCAGCUAUCCAAGUAUGGUGAUACUAAAACAGCUCGUAGCAUCAUGUUAGUAGAGCUUAAAAAGCUAAUAGAAGCAAAUCCCCUUUUCCGAGAAAAGCUUGUUUUUCCUACCUUGAAGUCAUCAAGAUUGAGGACUCUGAUUAACCAAAGUUUAAAUUGGCAACACCAGUUGUGUAAGAAUCCAAGGCCAAAUCCAGAUAUCAAGACUUUAUUCAUAGACCACUCAUGCACACCUGCAAAUGGCAGUAUCGUACCUACACCUGUCAAUCUUUCACCUGCUGCAGUCACGAAACCCAGUGUUUAUACAUCGCUUGGUGCACAUGGUCCCUUUCCCCCUACUGCAGCCAAUGCAAAUGCUAAUGCUUUAGCAGGUUGGAUGGCAAAUGCUGCUGCUUCUUCUUCUGUCCAGGCAGGUGUUGUUUCUGCAUCAUCUUUAGCUGCUCCACCAAAUCAAGUAUCCUUUUUGAAACGUGCUGCAACGCCCCUUACAACACUUGGUAUUGCGGAGUAUCAGAGUCCUGAUCAUGAACAAUUAAUGAAACGUUUGCGGCCUUCACAGCCUGUUGAAGAGGUUACAUAUCAAUCUACACGACAACAAGUUUCAUGGUCCAUGGAGGACUUGCCUAGAACCGUAGCCUUUAGUAUGCAUCAAGGAUCAACUGUAACAACCAUGGAUUUUCAUCCUUCUCAUCAAACAUUGCUUCUUGUUGGAUCUGUGAAUGGUGACAUCACGAUUUGGGAAGUUGGUUCGCGUGAGAAACUGACAUCAAAAUCGUUUAAAAUAUGGGACAUGUCAACUUGCUCUUUGUCCUUUCAGGCCUCAUUUGCCAAAGAUGCACCCAUGUCUGUGAACCGUGUUAAAUGGAGUCCAGAUGGAAAUAUUAUUGGUGUGGCUUUCAGUAAACAUUUAAUCCAUUUAUAUGCUUAUGGUGCGCCAAAUGAUUUACGCCAGCAGUUAGAGAUUGAUGCUCAUGUUGGAGGUGUGAAUGACUUGGCCUUUGCUCAUCCAAACAAACAGCUGUGUGUUGUUACCUGCGGGGAUGAUAAGUUAAUAAAGGUGUGGGAUUUAACUGGACGGAAACUAUUCAAUUUUGAAGGACAUGAAGCACCGGUUUACUCUAUAUGCCCUCAUCAGAAAGAAAAUAUUCAUUUCAUAUUUUCAACUGCAAUUGAUGGUAAGAUUAAGGCAUGGCUGUAUGACAACAUGGGAUCUAGAGUUGACUAUUCUGCCCCUGGUCAUGGCUGCACCACUAUGCUAUACAGUGCUGAUGGCAGUCGAUUGUUUUCUUGUGGAACAAGUAAAGAAGGGGAAUCUUUUCUUGUUGAAUGGAAUGAAAGUGAAGGAGCACUUAAGAAGACUUAUACUGGUUUUAGAAAGAAAUCAAGUGGUGGUGUUGCACAUUUUGACACAACUCAGAACCACUUUUUGGCUGUUGGAGAAGAAAACCAAAUAAAGUUUUGGGACAUGGAUAGUAUCAAUAUUCUUGCUACCACAGAUGCUGAUGGUGGACUACCGAUUUUUCCACGCUUGAGGUUCAACAAGGAAGGUAAUCUUCUUGCUGUUGCUACUGCUGACAAUGGGAUCAAGAUUCUUGCAAAUGCUUCUGGCUUGAGGUCUGUAAGAGCAACUGAAGCCCCCCCGGCUUUUGAAGGAUCAAAGUCUUCAGUUGAACCAACUGCAAUUAAGAUACCUACCUCUUCUGCUAUUGCUACUGCUAGUGCUGUUAACUGUAAAGUGGAGAAAACCUCACCUGUCAGACCUUCCAACUUUCUCGUGAGUCAAAAUGGUGAUUCUGUGGGCCAAAGCUUAGAAAAGGCAAGGAAUCUGGAUGAUGUAACUGAUAAGAUGAAACCAUGGAAGUUGACAGAGAUUGUUGAUGCCGCCAACUGCCGCCUAGUCACCAUGCCAGACAGCUCAGACGCCUCCAAUAGGGUUGCUCGACUUCUUUAUACAAAUUCUGGAGUUGGGGUUGUAGCCCUUGGAUCAAAUGGUGUUCAAAGGCUGUGGAAGUGGGCUCGCAGUGAACAAAAUCCAACUGGAAAAGCCACUGCCAAUGUUAUUCCACAACAUUGGCAACCAAACAGUGGUCUUCUUAUGACAAAUGAUGUGACAGGUGUGAACCUUGAAGAAGCAGUUCCAUGCAUAGCACUCUCAAAGAAUGAUUCUUAUGUGAUGUCUGCUUCAGGUGGGAAAAUUUCAUUGUUCAACAUGAUGACAUUCAAGGUUAUGACAACAUUUAUGCCACCUCCACCUGCUUCAACCUUCCUAGCAUUUCAUCCUCAAGAUAACAAUAUUAUUGCUAUUGGUAUGGAGGAUUCAACAAUUCACAUAUACAAUGUUCGGGUGGAUGAGGUGAAAUCGAAGCUAAGAGGUCAUCAAAAGAGGAUAACUGGUCUUGCUUUUUCUACCCAUUUGAAAAUAUUGGUUUCAUCGGCUGCUGAUGCUCAUAUUUGUUUUUGGAGCAUUGAUUCAUGGGAAAAGAGGAAAAUGGUACAAAUACAACUACCUCCUGGUAAGUCGCCUACAGGUGACACUCGAGUCCAGUUCCACUCGGAUCAGACACAAUUGCUGGUAUCCCACGAAACACAGUUGGCACUAUACGAUGCUUACAAGAUGGAACACAUCCGUCAGUGGGUCCCUCAAGACAACCUUUCGGCACCUAUAUCUUACGCUGCAUACUCAUGCAACAGUCGCCUAGUCUAUGCUUCCUUUUGCAAUGGCAAUAUCGGUGUAUUUGAUGCUGACAACUUAAAACUAAGAUGUCGCAUUGCCCCUUCUGUAUAUAUACCACUACCACCAUCACUAUCAAACGGAAAUCAAGGACCGUACCCGGUUGUGGUGGCAGCGCAUCCGCAGGAGCAAAAUCAGUUUGCGGUGGGAAUGUCAGAUGGAGCUGUUAAGGUAAUAGAACCUUUGGAAUCCGAAGGAAAAUGGGGUGUAAGUCAACCUGACGAGUAGAAUACGGUUAUAUAGAUUUUUAUUGUUAUUAUUAUUAUUUAAGGUAGGAAUGUGGCGUGUUUAUAAUAAUCUUCAAUCUCUGUAGCGGUUGAUUAAUUUUAUGAAUUUAUUCAUUAAUCAAAAGUAUAAUGCCUGUUUUACUCGUAA